GGAACUUUCACCAAGAACAUUGGAGCAGCUGCUAGAGAAAACACAUCAAAUCAAGAACAUAAGAACAUUCAUUGCUGCAAAUCACAGAAGAUGACUUCCCUUCAAGAUGUGAAUCCCAGAGUGAGAGGGAUCCGGAUCUCAUCUCACAGUGCACUGAAGAGUCUGGUUGAGAACUUCACCAUCGGCCAGGGGGUGCAAAAAUCUUUCAAGGAGGUGAUUGAUGUUAGCUGUGGUGAUCCACAGAGAGCAGGGAUGAGACCCAUCUCAUUUGUUCGGCAGGUAAUUGCAGUGUGUUUGUGCCCUGAACUGCUGACAGAAGAAAUUUUUCCUCUGGACGUCAGGAUAAGAGCUCAAAAGCUCCUUGAGGCGUGUGAUGGUCAAAGUGUGGGUUCCUAUACGGCCUCAUCUGGACUGCCUCACGUCAGACAAACCAUUGCUGAGUUCAUCAUGAAACGGGAUGGUGUUCCUGCAUACGCCGAGAACAUUUUCAUCUCCUCUGGUGCUCAGAGAGCUCUGAUGGUAUUUAUAAAGCUGCUGUCUGGAGGGGAGGGGCAGCAUCAGACAGGUGUGUUGGUCCCUCAGCCCUGCCCACACACACUGCUCCCAGUGCUUGAUGAGGCCGGGGUGAUGGCGGUACCAUACCGGCUGAUAGAGGAGAAGAACUGGGCUGUUGACAAGAGUGAGUUGCACCAAGCUCUAACGACCUACAGAGGGCGCUGUGAGCUCAGAGCAAUUUACAUCAGCAACCCAGGAAUUCCAACAGGACAUUUGCAGGACAGGAAGUCAAUAGAAGAAGUGAUAGAGUUCGCUGCAGCCGAAAGACUUAUGCUGCUGGUUGAUGAGGUUUACCAGGACAGCAUUUAUGCACCAAACAGAGAGUUUAUUUCAUAUAAGAAGGUUCUUUUUGAGAUGGAAAAGCAUCUGAGAGACUCUGUCGAGCUUGUGUCCUUCCACUCUUUAUCCUGUGCCUUUGUAGCAGAGUGUGGCCUCAGAGCAGGAUACAUGGAGGUGGUCAACAUUGACUCCAGGGUGAUGCAUUACGUUGAUACCUUGCUCUGCACUGACAUUAAUGCCCCAGUCACAGGACAACUUGCCCUGGAUCUCAUGCUCAACCCACCCAAACUGGGUGACCCUUCAUAUAACACAUUUGCUCAGGAGACUCUCCUGACUCAAGCCACUCUGGCCCGAAAUGCUCAGCGGGCUCUGAAGCUGCUGAACGAUCUACCAGGAAUAAGCUGCCAGCCUGCGAAAGGAGGAAUCUACCUUUACCCACACCUGGAUCUACCUCCUGAGUUCAGGAGGCAAGCCAAGAUGUUAGGACUGGAACCAGUUGUGUUUUACUGCCAGAUGUUGCUGCAGGAGGAGGGUUUGAUCACAGGACCAGGCCAACAUGAUGAAAGAACUGGCAGCCAUCAUCUAAGAUUAUGUGUUCUGGUUCCUCCUGACGCCCUGGAUGAGGUUCUUUAUCGUCUCUCUACCUUCCAUCUUCGCUUCGUUGACAGCGAUGUUAAGAGUAGAAAAUGAGAAGGAACAUAUUUGAAAGAUAAAUAUAUUAGUUCUGUGCCGGACAUGUUUUAGAUGUUAGCUUUAUUGGGCGACAUACAUAAUUGCCUUGUAUUAGUCAAAAGAGUGCUACAAUAGACAAAAACAUAGAAUCAAAUAAGAAAAGCACUAUUCAAAUAAACUAGUGUGGUAAGUGGAAAUGACUUGAUAAAUGUGCUGGUUUAAACAAAUUAAUCUCAUUAACAAAUCAAACUGAA